UUAGAGAAAAUCUUCGAUUCCAUUUUGCAGUUUUUACUAAUGUUAAGAGUGUAAACAUUGUGACCACUGUGUCUAACAUUUGUUACAGUGUCGAUGGCGGACACACAACCCCUCAGUACUACCCGAUGCUACAUACCCACAUCGGAGGCGCACCCAUCAACACACACUUCAUCGUGAAGCCCCACCCCACAGUCAUGGUGACUCAUCCUGUCGUGACUGUAAGGAAGCCGGCAACCACUUGUUCUCUGGUGAUGCCGGCGCUCAGAACCAUCUUCUGUUGCUUCGUCUGCGGCAUUGCCGGCAUCCUCGUCGCCUGUGAGGCCCGCCUGCGAGUCCUGGAGACCAAACUCGAUCCAGCCCGCCAUUCCAAAAGCAUCGUGUGGAUUUUCUUGGGCAUCGCCCUCUUGCUAUGGACUCCUCAACUUGGGACUAGGUGUCUACUACGUAGUUCUCGUUUGGACUAAUCGGCCAACUUUUCUUAAUAUGUAGUCAGCUAGACUACAGCUACUUUUUUUCAAAAUGUAGCCGGUUUCACUACAGCUACAAUUUUCCAAAAAGUAACCAGCUACUUUUGGCUACUUUUAAAAUGUAGUCAGCUGCU